UUUCAUGUUUCUGUUAUGGCGGCUAAUGGUUUCUUUUUCGGGAAAAAAAGGUGUGUCGCAUGACUGAAUUUACUGAAAUUACUUCACUUUGGGAUAUAUUUGGGACCAGUAAGAAAGUGAUCAACAGUUGUCACUUUGCGAGGAAACCUUCGGACCCAUUUGUCCCUCAGGACCCCCCUCAAGUCCUCACCACUGAGUAGGGAGAUCUACACAUGGUUGAGAUGGGGGAGGCUGCUGAGUAUGGGAUGGUCAGCAAGAUGCGGGAGAUGGUGUCCAGAAUGUUCUACAACUAUGGCCUCUUCUGUUCCAACUACCCGAUAGCUCUCAUCGUCUUCUCAGUGGUCAUCGCUGUGCUGUGCAGUCUUCCAUGCUUUUUCGCUGUUCCCCUGACACUGACGGCACCCUAUCAGUACACUACACCUCUGAAAGGCUUCCCGGACACAGCGAGAAAGUUCUACACCAAACAGCUGCCUGAUAACAAGACUGCCAUUGACCACAGUAAAAGACCACAAUGGUUUUCCCGACCACCAGUGGGCUAUGUGUUGCAGGUUGUUAUUAAUGCAUCAGUAUCACCAUGGCAACCAGGAUUGACCUACGGAGAUGAUGUGAGAGGACCUCUGUCAAAGGCUUUUGAGCUGGACAAAGAAAUCAAGAGUUUCAGCUCAAAAUCAAACGUCUUACUGCGAUCCUCAUGCCUGUAUGUAUCCGAUGUCGCUGAUCAUGUGAAGGGUGUAAUGCCUGAGCAUAGCUGCCUCGUAGUGUCACCAGCUAAUGUAUGGCAAGGCAGCUUUGAUCGUUUCCAAGAAGACCCUUAUCCUGGUAGAUCAGUCUUCAUGGGAAACUUCUAUGAUAAACCUGCGCUACAUGAUCUUCUGCUAGGAGUGCAAGCCAAGUACACUGGAUUACAGAAAUACAACAUUCAUUCUGUGUCUCCUCAGAUCUCAUUCGCUGUAACCGUUGUAUUCCAUACAUACAAUGACAGUUUCAUUGAGGAGCUGAAGUCUCACCUUGAAGAGAGAUUUAACAUGGGAUCACCCUCUCUAGAUUGGAAUACAGGAGAGUUUCUUAUUCUUCACAUCUAUUACAAGAGUUUGAUCAACUCAGAUGAUUUCAUGCCUGCUGCCAUCAUCUAUGCCCUGCUAAUGUUCUACAUCUACUUCUCAGUUCGUAAGAUUGAGAUGGUGAAGUCUAAGUGGGGUUUAGCGUUGAGUGCUACGGUAAUGUUAGUACUAUCCUGUACUAUGUCAGCUGGCCUGUGUAUCCAGUAUGGGGUUGAACCAACGUUGAAUGAAGGAGAGGUAUUUCCAUACAUCAUCAUCUUGAUUGGACUGGAAAAUAUCCUAGUUCUGAUCAAAUCUGUUACGUCUACGCCCAUGGAUCUACCAGUAGAGCUUAGAAUAGCACAGGGUUUGAGCAAAGAAGGUUGGUCUAUCUCAAAGAACAUGUGGACUGAGAUACUGAUAGUGCUGAUUGGGCUCUUUACUUUCGUAUCAGCUGUACAGGAGUUUUGUCUGCUAGCCCUGGUGGCAAUGUUCUCAGAUUUCUUUCUUCAGAUGAUGUUCUUUGUCUCAAUCUUGGCUCUCGAUUUCAGGAGACUCGAGAUUUCUGACCUGUAUAAAUCCGGGAUGAUGCAGACCCUCCAAGAUUCUCCUGACGGGGCGCGGCCUUCUCGCACCCAUCACCGGUCCUUCCUCUCCCCCUUCUGGGGUCAACCCAUCGAGGAGCCGGCUCCUACACCAAGGAUCCCUCGCAGGCUCAGGGUCUUCAACUUCUUAGCUAGUGUGAGGAUUAUCCAAAAGAUUAUUAAGUUCACACUGGCACUGUGGAUCAUAGUGACUUGUCUCUUCAUCUACAAAGCGGGUAUCAUCAACUUCUUCCUCGUCAGCAACAUCUACGGCAGUCCUCUGGAACCCACCACCACCCCUACAGCCCCAACCCCUCUGGACCCCACGCUGCCCCUUGUACCUCCUCUCAAUGACCCCUACCACACCCUAGACAAAUCAGGACAGGUGCUUGAACCUGACGCAUCCAACAAGGUCAAAGACCACUCCCUCCCUGGUCUAAAAGCGGGGAAUCCCCAAAAGGCAAGUGACCAGAAAGGGGAUGACAAGGUCAAGGACAAGAUGAAGAGUGGGAGUGAUGGGAGUACUAGCAGCUUGUUGGACUUGAAGCCUUGCCACGGAAGCGAUUGCAGCGAUAAGCUAUCCCUGUGGGUCAGACAGAGAGGGCUCUGGAAGCUCUCCGCUUGGCACUGGCCGGCUCUCUUCAAUAUGUACAACAUUAGCUUGGCGGACAGAUAUGUGAGCAUCCUACCACCCAUCAAGCUUAACAUUCAUAUCAGUCCUGAGGAGGCUGUAGCUUUGAGGAAAGAUUCAGAAACUAAGAGAUAUGGCUCAUCUCCUGGGGUUGGUCAGAUCAUCGGUAGCUAUGAAGGCCUUCAUGAAGCCGACAGAUGGGACUACUACGUGACGAUGAUGCUGGGGAUCAUAAGCGGUGCAUCAUCAGUAAUCCUGAUGAUGCUGCUGUGUAAGUGUGCUACCCUGGUCCGUAGUCGUCAGGCCAGGUACAAACCAGGACGCAGGGCUGAUAUCGUCAAGAGGGUUCAGGGACCAUGUGAGGCUGUACCUCUGCAUCUGGCUGGACAUGAACAGGAGGUGGAGUGUUUUGUGACUGGAGGGCGCUGGGUAGUGAGUGCGUGUAUCCAGGGUGAUAUAAGGAUCUGGGAUCCAAAUGAAGGAAGAUGUGAGCAUUUCAUUCCAAGAACCAGAUAUCGCCUGAACAACAAAAGUAGCAGCCUGCCUCGUCAACCCAUCUCACCUACGCAGCCCCUAAAGACUCCCAAUCAUUCCAGCGUCCCGUCCAGUCCCUUCAGUCCACUUUAUACUGAUCCUCCUCAAACAACAGAGGGCGCUGCUCCAAACAGCGCCAAGGAUCUCAACACUCACUUCUGCUCCGAGGUGAUCAUGCCACGCCCCGGUAGCUCAAAGGACCUGUCGUCUCACUUCAGCGGGUCACACGAAGCUGGCAUACCGCGGCCUGGAAGCUCGAAGGACCUGUCAUCGCACUUCUGUGCGUCACAAGAAGGUGGCAUGUCACGACCUGGAAGCUCAAAGGACCUAGCUGGGAUGCACUUCAGCAUGGACGGGUACUACGCGAAUGGAGAGCAGGUGUAUUCAGCAGCGAGGCACCCGUCGCAGUCGUCCAGCCGUAGCUCUGGGGUGGCUAGUUGCGAUGAUGACCCUUACCUACAGCAGCACACCAAGUCAAGGACUCAUAGCACGGUAUCAGCUGACUUCUCUCAGGUGGACAUGUUUGGUAGUCCUCAGGAGAGGGAGGGUGUGGUCGACCCAGCCGGCGCAGGAGGGGGGCAUUGUGCACCCCAUGGAGGGGGAGGGGGUGACGGUGCAGGUGUAUGUUCUACGGUGUGGUGUCUGGCGUGUAAAGAUGAGCUGGUAGCAGCAGGAUGUAGUGAUGGAAGUGUGGAGCUAUGGAGCAGCGAGAAUGGUCAGCUGUUAGCCUGGUCGCCAUACAAGGGUGACCAAUCACAGCCUGGUAUUACAGGGGUGUGCUUCUGUCGUAAUCUCCUGGUUGUAGCCAGGCUCGGGGGCAGUCUGGACUUCCUGCAAAUAUCAGGCUUUAAUGGUGUAGGAGUUACAGUGAGCUAUGACAGCUAUUACCAAUACCCACCAGUGGUUCACUUGAGUCUACUGAAGACUGUGCAGGCUCAUCAGCAACCCAUCAAUACUAUACAGGCUAAUGAAGCACAACUCAUUACUGCUAGUCAGGACUAUACGCUAAAGGUUUAUUCAUUAGAUGAUCUGAGUUGUAGAUUUACAUUGAGGGGACACGCUGGCAGUGUCACAUCACUCUAUGUAGAUAAGGAUCCAUUUAUCAGCAUGGCAAGCGGAUCAACAGACGGCUUGGUGAGACUGUGGGACACGUCGCGGGGCGAUAUGUUAAAGGCUCUCAAAGGACCUACUAGUACAGUUCUCAGUAUUACAUGUACAUCACAACACGUUCUGUGUGUGAGCUUAGACAAUAAGCUGUGUGUAUGGACGAGACUUCAGGGAUGGAUGCUGCAUGUUAUUCAGCUGGAUGGUGGAUGCAGUAGUAGUGUUGCUACCUUGAAUGAUAAACUCAUGAUCACUGGUGCUCAGGGAUACCUAGUUGUAUGGGACAUCGUGAGUGGAGAACCAAUCAGAGAACUUAACCUUGGUGAUAAGCACGUCCGUGUGAAGAACAUACUCCCCGUUGACAACUCACCAACGAUCGUCUGUGACUUCGGCAGCGAGCUGAGACUCAUCCAGUUCCCACCGAGUCUCGAGAAGAUAGACUGAACAACUGAAAAAAGGGAAAGGAAGAAGAAGAAGAUGGAUGAGAGUUCUUGAUGACUCCGGUUCUAUCUAGCUGUGGCAAGAUUCACUGCAAAGUGGAAGAGAGAGCGAAGGAGCAUGGUCAGCUGAGUUUCCUCCAAGACUUACAAAGUUUUCACCAAGCCUCUAGAAGAUAGACAGAAGAAGUGUUUGGAGAAGAGGAAGAUGAAGAAGAAGAUCUUUCCAACCCAGGUUCUUUUCCAUUCAAAUGAGAUCGGCUGAAGAAAUGAAGAGUAGAAGAGAAAGCAAAGAAAGAUGAUCACCUGAUACCAACCCAGUUUAUAUCUCGGUCUGGGAAAUCUGAUGAUGGGCAGAAGAUGACGUACCUCUGCUCCUGUCUAGCGGUCAAGAGGAUGUACAGAAGAAAUUAAAGGAAAAGGUGAAAGGUAGUGGGAGAGGAAAAUAAUUUUCUGUUGCAACUGCAUGUAUCCAUAGCAGUCAGAGGAUAGAAUGAUGGAAUUGGAAAUUUGUAUUUCUAUUCUUUUGUUUGUAGAAGAAUUGAUGUAGAAGUAGAAGAUAGAUGUGAAAAGAUCAAAUGUAGGGGGCGAGAACAGCUUCUGCCUCUAGUAGCCAAGAAGCUUGAUGGAUGAGGUGAGAAGAGAAGUAAAUGUUAGAGUUCAGAAUGUUUUGUUCUAAAUGAUUUAUGAGAAUAUAGAAUGAAGAGGUUUAUAAAGUACAUGUAGAGCACAAGGAUGGGGCAGAGAAAGGAAGGUUAGACGACAUGAAAGGUUUUCUCUGUCGUUGGAAUUAUGAGAUGUAAAGAAUGGAAGAAAAGACAAAUAAUAUGAGCAGAUAUGUAAUGAUAAAUGAUCCUUCUGACAGUAUGAAAUGAUUGUUUUCUUUGAAUACAUAAUGGAGAGAAAGAGAUGUCAGUAUGUCAAAUAUAAAGACUAAAGAAAGUAAACAAAUCAAACCAGAGAAAUGGUGCAAAUGUUUUUUUUACUCUUUUGAGGAUCUCCGUACUCCAAAAGUGUUUAAAAGAAGCAACCCACCAUUAAAUAUUUAUACCAAAAAUAAAAACCUGCAUUGAAGCAAGGAACAAUCUUUCUUUGCAAAAGUAUUUUUUGUUUCCUUCUUUACAUCAUUAUGGUGCUACUUAUUUUUAUUUACUGGAGACAAGUAUUUUAUAUCAUAUACCAAAUUGUUAAAACAUUUUCUGUUUGUAUACGGUAGUAUGAUUCAGAAGAAUACACUGUGUAACAAUGAUGGGUUGUCAAAUAAUAUAAACACCACAUAGAGGCGUUCAUGGCGCUCCAAUAUUACCCUUGUUUUUAUACCCUUCGACAAUAGAAUAAAUAAAAUUAAUGAUCAGUAUUUUCAUGCCUAUAUGAAAGUUUUUCAAGCACAUUGGGGAUUUGACGAGGAAUGAAGGUUAUAGUUGGUUUUGUUUGAUGGAAAGCAUGUGUAUGCUUGUAAGUCUCUGAGGGAAUUGGUAAUAAAGAUUAAUGCCUUACUAAAGGGCACUAGCGCAUCGAUUUGGUUUCCCAGGACCCAGGACCACCCGGUUACGAGACCACUGCUCUACCACUGAGCCAUCGCGUCUCACAGUGACACACUUGUCCUAUCAUUGUGUAAUGAAAGCGAGUGGAGAAAAGCAAUUUAUCUAAUGCUGUGUAUUCAUGCUAGUGCAAUAAGUUCACAAUUUACCCUUUUAUUCAAAAUCAUUUUCUUUGCAUCUGAUAAAUUGAUGUUCUGUGUAAUAUUAUCAGAGAGGAACUUAUUUUUCAAAUUAUUAGAAACUGCAUUCUAUGCCUACAGGUGAAUCUGAAUACCAUUCCAUUUUGUAUGCUGUCAUUGAAGUAUCACUCAUGGUUUAAUUCUGUUUUCUUAUCUAUCAUUGUUAAAAUGCAUGUCCUUUUCUCUGUUAGUUGAACUUCAUGGGCUAUUUAUGAUGAUUAUAAAUAUUCUUCCUGUUGUAGCCCUGAGUUAAAAGUCUUUAAUAACCCUUCGGUUGCUUUCUUUGCCCCCCCCCCCCCCCUCCCCCCUCCCCUCCCCCCGCACAGUUGCUCAUUUGCCAAAAACGUGUUUUUGCACAAAACAAUAGGUACCAAUAGGGGGAAGGAUUGCUUUUUGCAACACACAGUAGCAUUGAAGAAUGAAUGAUCCUGCCCUUGAAUUGCUACAUGGCAAAUUUUUUUUGACACUGGUACAGAUUAAUCUUGCACUGGACACAGUUAAAUGAUUUUAAAGUAUUUGGUUUAUCUGUCUCAUGAUAAAUACAAUAUGGCACAGUGAGAUUAUUGUGUGGCAUGUAAAGAGUUAAUUUAUUAAAGUGAAGAGCUUUUGUUGCACAACCACUCUCUUUCCAUUGCCUGUGGGAAUCAGGGGACUCCUGUAUCCAAAUAUUUUGAAUGAGAUAAUUCAAGUAUCCAAGUGUCAAGUUUCAAGUAUAUUUAUUUCCGAAUCCUUUUCUUUCCUAGUCCUUUUAAUAGUCAAAGGGUCAAUUUUUUUUAAAUGUUAUAACGGGAGGUUUUGAUGGUGUUAUAACUGGAAGCUUCGACUGAAUUUACUGAUGUAUUAAAUAAAAGGAAAAAAGAAUAUGCAAUAUUUUUGUAUCGGUACUGCGUCCAUUCCAUUCAUGUAAAUAGUAGUCUGAUAAAACCUUGCCAUAUAUACCUGCUUUCAUGUCUUGCAUGCAUAACUGUGUCUGUUCAAAGCCAUAAAGGCGUUAACUCUGUGUCAAAGUAUGUGAGUUAAGGCCCUUCAGGCUCCAAACAGAUUAUUUGAUAUGCAUAUAUGCAUCCUUUCAAAAGACCAUUUUCGUAAUGUUCCCAAAUUUAAUGCAUACGUCUUUGUGAAGU